UUUAGAAAGUAUAUUAUGGAGUCCAGUUUCCUGAAUGCUGAUGUACACAUUAUUCUAAAUGAUAUAUGUUGUGGUGCAGGUCACGUUGAUGAUCUCUUCCCAUUUUUUCUGAGACAUGCUAAGCAGAUCUUUCCUAUGCUGGACUGUAUGGAUGAUCUGCGCAAGAUCAGCGACUUAAGAUUGCCACCCAACUGGUAUCCAGAAGCCAGGGCUAUUCAAAGAAAGAUAGUCUUUCAUGCUGGCCCUACAAAUAGUGGAAAAACUCAUCAUGCUAUCCAAAGAUACUUGGCAGCAAAAUCAGGAAUAUACUGUGGUCCAUUAAAACUGCUGGCCCAUGAGAUCUUCCAAAAGAGUAAUGAUGCUAGUGUGCCAUGUGACUUGGUAACAGGAGAAGAGCGUGUUCUUGUUGAUCCAGAAGGCAAACAAGCAACCCAUGUUGCUUGCACUGUUGAGAUGUGCAAUGUUACUACGCCUUAUGAAGUGGCUGUCAUUGAUGAAAUUCAGAUGAUCAAAGAUCCGGCUAGAGGAUGGGCCUGGACCAGAGCACUUUUAGGACUCAGUGCAGAAGAAGUUCACGUUUGUGGAGAAGCUGCUGCUAUUGACUUGGUGACAGAGCUAAUGUAUUCUACGGGAGAGGAAGUGGAGGUCAGAAACUACAAGAGGCUUACCCCUAUUACCGUGCUGGAUUAUGCAUUAGAGUCUUUAGAUAACCUCCGUCCUGGUGACUGCAUUGUCUGUUUCAGUAAGAACGAUAUUUAUUCUGUGAGUCGGCAGAUUGAAGCCCGAGGACUAGAAUGUGCUGUCAUAUAUGGCAGUCUCCCACCUGGGACAAAGCUUACCCAGGCAAAGAAAUUCAAUGACCCUGAUGAUCCAUGUAAAAUUCUAGUUGCUACAGAUGCAAUUGGAAUGGGGCUUAAUUUGAGUAUAAAGAGAAUCAUUUUUAAUUCUCUAAUAAAGCCAAGUAUCAACGAAAAGGGAGAGAAGGAAAUGGAUGCAAUUACAACCUCUCAGGCUCUACAAAUUUCAGGCAGAGCUGGAAGAUUUAGCUCUGUGUUCAAGGAAGGGGAAGUCACUACAAUGCAUCGUGAUGACCUUGUAUUGCUGAAAGAAAUUUUGAAUAGGUCUGUGCCUCCCAUAGAGACAGCUGGCCUGCAUCCUACUGCUGAGCAGAUAGAAAUGUUUGCAUACCAUCUCCCUGAUGCUACUCUAUCAAAUCUAAUGGAUAUCUUUGUGAGCCUCUCACAAGUGGAUGGGCUCUAUUUUGUCUGCAAUGUUGAUGACUUUAAAUUUCUAGCAGAUAUGAUUCAGCACAUUCCACUAAACUUAAGAGUAAGGUAUGUGUUCUGCACAGCACCCAUCAACAAAAAACAGCCUUUUGUCUGCACCUCUUUGCUAAAGUUUGCAAGGCAGGUUAGUAGAAAUGAGCCUUUGACAUUUGACUGGCUAUGCAGGCAUACUAACUGGCCACUGGUCCCACCAAAGAACAUCAAGGAUCUUGUACACCUUGAAGCUGUUCAUGAUGUUUUUGACCUCUAUCUGUGGUUAAGUUACCGAUUUAUGGACAUGUUCCUAGAUGCCAGCCUCGUACGGGACAUCCAGAAAGAACUAGACAACAUUAUACAAAUUGGUGUGCGCAGCAUUACAAGGCUUAUCAGAGCUUCACAAGCUACUUCUCUUUCUGACAGGAUGUUGAACUUGGAAGAUCUUCCAGCAGCAAACCAAGAGCAAUUCUCAAGUGCCACAAAGGUACUAGGACAGAAGAGAAUAAGGGGAUCUAAAGCUUUGGGCUAUAAACCUGCUGAAGUACAGUCGAAUAUGAAAAGUCACCGACAAGAAUCUCUUGCUGCCAGACUAGUGCGUGAAGGACUCCUUACCCAAGAAAUGCUGAAACAGCUGGAAAGAGAGUGGCAGGUUCACCACAAUAACAAUGGAAAUUUCCAAACUGGAACAAAAGAUGAUCAGAAUGGUUCAAAGGGGACAGGAAACAAGAAGUGAAAUAAUGACCUAAUUCCAUUUAAUUUUUGUUCAUAGAAUAAAUACU